CUGCUGUGGCAGUAGCCGCCGCCCAGUCUUUUCGCGCUCCUCCUUUUUCCUCCUUCCCUUUCUCCUCCUCCUUAGAGUCCCAGUCUGGCCGACCUGUUCUGCUCGCGGUCAGAAAAUUAAGACCUAACUUACUGCCUUGUCUGGAGUCACAUGGUGACUCUACAACUUGAUGGAUGACAAUAAACCUUUUCAACCAAAAAGUAAUUCAAAAAUGGCAGAACUCUUUAUGGAAUGUGAAGAAGAAGAACUGGAACCAUGGCAGAAGAAAGUAGAAGAAAAGCAGGAUGAGGAUGAUGAUGAGCUGAUCUUUGUUGGAGAGAUAUCAAGUUCAAAACCAGCCAUUUCAAAUAUUUUGAACAGAGGUAAUUCCAGCUCGUCUUCAAAGGCAAUAAAGAAUGAGGUACUCAAUCAAGGUGUUCCUGAUGCAUUCAAGCCUACAAGUCCACACUACAAAGACCCAACAUCAAAUCCAGUGGCUGCCUUACCUAGAUUUCAUCCUCAAUCUAAACCUUCACAAAGCUCUAUUAUUCAGAAUGUGUCUAAACCUUCAUUUAUAAGGAGUUCAUCGCAAGUUGAAAUGGAUGAUUCUUCUGAUUUACUGUUUGACCUGACCCAAGACACAAUACCACCAUCCCAAGGCGGAUCAAAAGUUUAUACAGAAGCUGUAGGUGAAACUCUGCCUAUAAGAAAACGUCCUAGUAUUAUAGCAAACAGAGUUCAUCCAAAAAAGCCAAAGACCAGUGACGAUGUUUCUGAAAUAGGUUCAUGUGCUACAUUAUCUUUAGACAGCUCUCCUUCAGUGACAUCCUCCUCAAUUAUGACAUCAAAAGGUACCUCAUCAACUGAACAUAAAACUGGAAACCCUUUUCAAAGAUCUUGUCCAAAGUGCAAUGUUCAGUUCAAUAAUUUGGAUGCUUUGAAAUAUCACAUGAAGCGUUGUUGUCCAGGCAUGAUAAAUAAAUUUUUGGAGAUGAUUAAAGUAGAAAUUUCAAGUACUGAAAAGAAAACUAAGACCGGUGCAGAGAAAGAAAAACUGAUCAUGUUAGUUAGUGACUUUUACUAUGGAAAACAUGAAGGAGAUGUUGACAAUGAAGAAAAGACUUACACAACCUUUAAAUGCUUCAGUUGCUCAAAAGUUCUUAAAAAUAAUAUUAGGUUUAUGAAUCACAUGAAACACCAUUUGGAACUUGAGAAGCAGAACAGUGAGAGCUGGGAAAGUCACACCACCUGCCAGCACUGUUACCGUCAGUAUCCUACACCAUUCCAGCUGCAGUGUCACAUUGAGAGUACACACACACCUCAUGAGUUUUCUACGAUUUGUAAAAUCUGUGAAUUAUCAUUUGAAACAGAACAUACUCUUUUACAACAUAUGAAGGACACUCAUAAACCUGGUGAAAUGCCAUAUAUUUGCCAGGUUUGCCAGUUUAGAUCAUCAACAUUUUCUGAUGUAGAAACUCAUUUUAGAACAUCCCAUGAAAACACAAAGAACUUGCUGUGUCCAUUUUGCCUCAAAGUUAGUAGAAUGGCAACCCCCUACAUGAAUCAUUACAUGAAACAUCAGAAAAAAGGAGUUCAUCGUUGUACAAAAUGCAGAUUGCAAUUUUUGACCAGCAAGGAGAAACUGGAUCACAAGACCCAGCAUCGGACUUUUAUAAAACCUAAAGAACUAGAAGGCUUGCCUCCUGGUUCAAAAGUUACUAUUCGAGCUUCAUUUGGAUCUCAUUCAAAGCCAUCAACUCCAUCUUCUAGUGAUACUCCAAGCACUUCUUCUCUUCAGGUCUCACCUCCAAAGUCUAAAAAUACAACUACUAAAAGCUCCACAAAAUCGAGUGCAAGUAAAUCUAAGAUACGUAAGGCUCGUUCAACUAUUUCCAGUAUAUGUAAACUAGCCAAUUCAAGUAAGCAAGGUAAAGGUGCAUCUAAAUGCAAAGGAAAAACCUCUUGCAAGCAAAAGAAACAACGCAACAGAAAGAACAAAAUCAUCAUAGCUUUGAAGAACUUAAGGUGUUAUCGAGGAGUUCACAAGUGCAUUGAGUGUCAUUCCAAAAUUAAAGAUUUUGCGAGCCACUUUUCAAUACAUAUCCACUGUAAUUUUUGCAAAUACAACACUAACUGUAACAAAGCCUUUAUAAAUCAUAUGGUGAGUUAUCAUAGCAGCCAUCCAAGUAAACAGUCUCCUCUUUUUCAUAAACAUUGUGGAACUCUCAGGGGCAUUACUCUAGUGUGCCUUAAAUGUGAUUUUCUGACUGAUUCUUCUGGCUUAGAUCGUAUGGCUAAACACUUAAGUCAACGUAAAACUCAUACUUGCCAAGUUGUAAUAGAGAAUGUUCCCAAAAGUACCUCAACUUCUGAAUCCACUUCUGAAUGCAGAAGCAACACAGAAAUUUCAAAAAAUGUCCAGGGUACUCCUGGUCAGUGUCCCCCUUCGUUGGACACAACUGAUGCCUGUUCUCUCUUUCCAAGGAAUGUGAAUUGUUUAACUGUGAGACCUCCUGUAGGUUGUGGCCUUAGGAAAUCAGAUAUUGGGAAGAGUCACUUCCUUCAUGACUGUCUGAUGCUAAUUUGGCCAGAGAUGACCUCAAGGCCCACCAAUUUGAGCACAACUUCCCAUUUGGGGCUUUGGUUCUGAUCUUAAGCUUAUGGUCAAGAAAAGCCCAUCAAAUCAAUGCUUUAUCACCUAAGUUGGAGUUUAAUCAUUUUGGCUGCUGCCCUUUAGUCUUCUAGUAUGCAUGCAGUCCAAGGAAUAUCAAAACUGGUUGUAUAGGGAACCAAGGCUACUUUCAUGCUCUUGGAAAAAAGUUUUCUAAAAUUACACUUCCAAAGGUACAGUUAUUUGUACUAUCGUUUUAAAGUUUUAUCCAGUAUUAACCAUAGGAGUUUUCAACAGUACUAAUAGUUUUAAAAAUUUAAUUUUAUCUUGGUUUUAUGUUGUUCUUCAUAAAAUUUUUUUAUGUCUUUUGUUAUGUCCACUUUUAUCUUUUUUCUUUAAAAUGUUUGUGGUGUUUCAUUUUGUUCAGAAAUUCCUUAGAAUUCUCUAUAGAUUUCAUGUAGCUACCUAUUGGUAGCUUCUUAAUUUGCUAAUUGUUCAGACCAUUAGAUGUUAUUACACCCUCUGUCCAUCUUAGGACUAUUAUUAACAUUAUUAUAGUUAUGAGUUCAAAGACAUAAUAAAUUUGGAAAAACAUUUUCUGUAGACCUUAAAACAAGUUUUAAAAUUACAUUUCUAUACAUCUAAUACAUAUUAUCUUCUUAGCCAUUAAUGUAAUACCUUUGGAUAAAGAUAAUAUAUUCAAAAAUAUUGGGACCAAAAAACGCACUUGUUUCUUGCCCAUAUAUAAAUAUAU